AUGGCUGGCGUUCUAUCCAACCUGUGCUACAGCGCCAAAGAUGGGCUGGAACUGGCGGCUGCUUAUCUCUCUGGAGGUCAGAGGGGUCUUCAAUCGGUCAUCGAGAGAAAAUCCAAGCAGUUCGCCAACGUACAGCUUCGGAUUGCGGUGAUGGGUGAAGCUGGGUCGGGAAAAUCGACCCUGAUCAACGCUUUGCUCGGGUUGGAUGAGGAUGAAGAAGGGGCUGCCCCAACCGGCUGUACGGAGACCACCACAGUAAUAACACCUUACCCCCACCCCACCCUCCCUAACGUUCACUACUAUGACUUCCCCGGACUGAACACGGCCAAAUUCCCAAUGAAAAAGUUUAUGAAGGAGACCAACUUUUCCCACUAUGAUUUGGGCAUCAUUGCGACCGGCAGUCGGUUCACGGAGAACGACCAGUUACUGGCCAAGGCGCUGGAGAAGGCGGAUAAACCCUUCUUCCUGGUGCGCUCUAAGAUCGACGACACUGUCAGGUCGGAGAGCCGCAGGAAGGGUUACAACCAGGAGGAGAUGUUCCAGCGUGUGAGGGAAUAUUGCAUCUCCUCACUGGAGGCGGCAGAGAUACAGGAACCUCGCGUUUUCCUCUGUUCUGCCUUUGAACUGGAUCAGUACGACUUCCCCAAGUUAAAGGAGAUCGUGGUGUCCCAUCUCUCGGAGACGCUGAAGAAUCUAUUCCUGGUGUCUCUCCCCAACACAUCCGAAGCUGCGAUAGACAGUAAACGCGAUGCUUUGCGGCAUUUCAUCCUGUUUGUGGCCGUCGGCUCGGGGGGUAUCGGUGCAAAUCCCGUGCCGGGUUUGUCCGUUGCCUGUGACCUGGCCAUCAUUGGCACGGGUAUCUGUUUCAUACGAAACGAGCUGGGUCUGGACGAUAGGUCUCUGGGCAAACUGGCCCAGAGAGUGGAGACAAGUGUGGCGGAGCUGCGGAGAGGUACCGAGCACGACUGGGUGUUCGGGGAGAUCACCCGGGAGAAGGUUAUGGUGUUGCUGCAGAAAAGCAUCGUGGCGGCAGCGCUGACAACUGCCGAGGUCUUCCUCGACUUUGUCCCCAUUGUCGGCUCUGUCUUUGGGGCGACAUCGUCCUUUGGGUUGACUCUUCUGAUGCUGAACAAUUCACUGAAUGUCAUAGUGGAAACAGCUAAAAUCGUCCUGAGAAAUGCCAAGGCAGCAGCUUCUGCAGCUCCUGGUAAAGGCGCAGGUUACUGUGAGGAAGUGAAGGGUUAA